AUGUACAAUUGGUACAAGGACUCCGCUAUCUGCUACGCGUACUUGGAAGACGUGUCUGCUCAGGACGAUGUGGAAUCGUCCAUGCGGAAGAGCCGCUGGUUCACUCGAGGCUGGACCCUACAGGAAUUAUUGGCUCCAAGCAGACUCGUCUAUUAUGAUGGCAACUGGCUACCACUCGGUUCCGGAACAGAGAAGAGAACUCUGGUGUUGCAGAUUACGGGAAUUCCUGAAAGCUACCUUUCUGACGAACUUUCCGAGGAACUUUCUGACGAACGUUUUAACGAAUACAUCGACAUAAAAGACCUCUCAAGGGCCAGCAUCGCCCAAAGAAUGUCGUGGCUGUCGAGAAGGCAGACAACCAGAGUCGAAGACAUGGCUUAUUGCAUGCUUGGUAUUUUUGACCUCAACAUGCCCUUAUUAUACGGUGAAGGAUCCAAGGCCUUUCUCAGGCUCCAGGAAGAGCUGAUCCGAGUGUCCAACGACCACACAAUCUUUUGUUGGAACUGGAUCGAGAGCAUUGUCCCCCCAGACUGGGCCAGCAUGCUGUCCCCUGCGCCUGCCGUAUUUGAGGGUUGUGGGCACUUCGUUCCAGCCGAAUCAGAUAGUAUUUCCACGUUUUCGAUGACGAAUUCUGGUUUAUCCAUCCAACUCGGAAGCGUUGAUGCUGCAGGAUAUGUUUUUGUCAUCUUGAAUGCCCGCAAUCUUCAAAAGCCUGGGAAAGCCGAAAUAAUUUCCCGUUUUGGGAUCCCGCUGCGUCGGUCGGUCCAUGCUGCCACAUGGGCUAGACAGAAAUUUCCGCCUUCGCCCACUCAGAUUUCCCGCCACUGGAUAUCAGCGAACGGACUUUACUACGUUGCCAGAUCCGAAUCGAGGGUUCGUGCUUUCGUGAAUCAACCGUCGGCUGAAGAAUUCAAUCACGGGAUAUUGUUGACGUUCGAAAACCGGGCUCUUGCUCAAUUAGGUUAUCAGGUACUGGAGGUAGAGGGCUGUUGGGAUUCACAGAGAAGUGUAUUCUUCUUGAACCCGGUCCGCCACACGAGUGCCUCCAGAGGAAUAUUUGGCUUCGAGGUGUGGCGCUCUGAAACCGACAUGACAUAUCGAAACGGCCGCUUGACGAUAUCUUUUGUGAUGUCAGGUAGCCAGCUCAGGCUCACAACCCUGACCUCGAGCUCUGGCUACAAUCGAGAGCGCUGGCACUGGAAAGACGGCUCAUGGCAUCAGCGGGAUAGAUCCCAGACGAGGAAGAGUUUGCGAAAGCUCACAGAUGGAGCCUUCCUGAUGGAAAAAGACACGGAGUCUCGCUCUUACUCCUCCCUCAGAGAUACGUGGUCAUACUCCGAAGAAGCAGAUGCCACUGUCGCUACAGACAACCCCGCGCGCGAAGACAGUUGGGCAAUAUAUCAUAGCCCCGCACAGCCCUUGUUUGGCACCAAAACAACCAUCGUGCCCGUUCACGUCUCUUUCAGCCGCACAACGAAGUACGAAAGGUUCCCCGAGCGCAACGAUCCUGUUCAGGCCAUGUGCGCUGAAGAGGAAGAGGAGGAGCAGAUAGAUGCAGAGUCAAGCGAUGAAGAAAUGGGAGGAGUGCUAGUCGGAUGA